GGGCGGAAGGUAUAUUCUGAAAGGCCCAUCUAUUGUCACGUCUCUCCUCCUUCUCCACUCCACUCUCUGAGUAACCGGUAAGGUUGUUGAGACUUGAGAAGAAACUCUCGAGACCUCCGCCCUUUCUUCUCUUCUCUUUCGAUGUUCCCAAAGAAAUAGAGCAUCACAGCGCAUUUUCAUUGAGGAAUCCCCCGCGCACGUUGAUUCCAUCGAAAUUCCUUCCUCGACGACAAAAACCCUUCUCCCCCCAUUUCAUCAAUUUCAAUUCAAAACCCCUUCUCCGAACCGAAAGAACGAAGCUUUUCGCCAUUCUUCAAAACCCACAAUGGCGCACCUCCUCCAAACCAGUUUCCUCCCUUCUUCACCAUGUCUCCGAGCGAACCCAGAUCGAUCUUCUUCUUCUACCUCUUCACCUAUGGUUCAAAUCAGCCGGCGGCGGAGCAAAACCGGCGGGGUAGUGCAGGCGAAGAUCCGGGAGAUCUUCAUGCCGGCGCUGAGCUCGACGAUGACUGAAGGGAAGAUUGUGUCGUGGGUGAAGUCUGAAGGGGAGAAGCUCGCCAAGGGGGAGAGCGUCGUGGUGGUGGAGUCCGACAAGGCCGACAUGGACGUCGAGACUUUCUACGACGGGUACUUGGCAGCAAUCAUGGUCGAGGAAGGCGGCGUCGCCGCUGUCGGAUCGGCCAUUGCCCUCUUGGCCGAGACGGAGGACGAAAUCGAGGCGGCCAGGUCCAAAGCUGCUGGAAGCAGCUCCUCCGCUUCUUCCUCUCCCGCCGCCGCUUCCACCGCGGCGGAUCCAAUCCCGGCGGAGAUUACUGCUCCGCCCGCUGCUUCCGCACCAAUUGCGGUAACUCCGGUGGCCAAAUUGGCCUCUGCUGUUCAUCCGGCUUCCGAUGGAGGGAAAAGAGUGGUGGCCUCGCCGUAUGCCAAGAAGCUAGCUAAGGAAUUGAAGGUGGAUUUGGCAGCCAUUGCUGGAAGUGGGCCUCUGGGUAGAAUCGUGGCUAAGGAUGUUGAGGCGGCUGCCGCUGCGCCUGCUCCAUUGGCGGCUACGACGGCUGCGCCGCCACCUGCUGCAUCUCCAAAUGUUGAGCUGGGGACGGUUGUGCCGUUUACCACAAUGCAAGGGGCAGUCAGUAGGAAUAUGCUGGAGAGCUUAUCAGUUCCCACUUUCAGAGUUGGAUACACCAUUACAACCGAUGCUCUUGAUGCUCUAUACAAGAAGAUCAAGUCUAAGGGAGUGACGAUGACAGCUCUUCUAGCAAAGGCAACAGCUUUGGCAUUGGCGAAGCACCCUGUUGUCAAUUCGAGUUGCAGAGAUGGAAACAGCUUUACGUAUAACAGCAGCAUCAACAUUGCUGUUGCUGUGGCCAUUGAUGGAGGGUUGAUCACUCCAGUUCUUCAGGAUGCGGAUAAGUCUGAUAUUUACUCGAUGUCGAGGAAGUGGAAGGAGUUGGUUGACAAGGCAAGGGCAAAGCAGUUGCAGCCUCAUGAGUACAAUACAGGUACUUUCACCUUAUCUAACCUGGGUAUGUUCGGAGUGGACCGGUUCGACGCAAUUCUUCCACCUGGAACCGGUGCUAUCAUGGCUGUGGGAGCAUCUCAGCCAACAGCAGUGGGUACCAAGGAUGGUCGCAUUGGCAUCAAGAACCAGAUGCAGGUGAACGUGACUGCAGAUCAUCGCGUCAUCUAUGGAGCCGAUCUUGCUGCCUUCUUGCAAACUCUAUCGAAAAUCAUCGAGGAUCCCAAAGAUCUCACAUUCUAGUGGAAGCACAAUUUAACCUGAGAAUGUAGCCAUUUUUCAAUCUGUUUUUAAAAGUUAGGAUUUUGAAAAGGCAGUGUUGAUUUUCAUUCAAAUGUUCAUGAACAUUAAUAAAGACGAGGUAUUCAAUGGCUUGAUCAUGUUGAGGAUGCUUCUGAGUUAUUGGAAGACGUUUCUGUAUCAACUCAACUUGGCAUGCAUGAUCUUCUCGAGGUGCUGACCUUCGUAAAAGUAGGCAAAAUUUAUGCCAUCUGGUUUUCUUUGGAUGAUAUUAGCCUGUUAAGAUUUUGUUGUUCCUUUUCCUCCAGUGCAAGCAAGA